UACGCGUAAUUUAGCGAGAUAUGAAAUUAAAUAAGCGCGACUUUUUGUACUUAUUUUUAAUUUUUUACUGAUUUAUUCAAGAAAUCUGAUUAAUAUAAAUACGUCGUAUUUUCAAUGUUCCUAUCCAGUAUCCUUUCGAUUUUUCGUUUCUCGGUAAUGCUGUUUUAUUCUACGAAAUUACGUUUUAACAUGCAGAUAUUUCUCUGGUCUUAGCUUCAUUUAUUGAUCGAAUGGCUCAAGGCUAUCAUGUUAAUAUUAAUAAUGUCCGCGUAGUCGUUGGCGAUAAAUUGCAAUCUUUCGCGAGUGAUCUGGCUGAAAUGGGAAUAAACGCACAUAAUUGAUGCAUGUAUGGUAACGUUGUAUUCCCUGCUCUCUCAUUGCGGCUUCGCCGACGGGGUCCACACGGAGACUUUCCACCCCGGUAACAUAUACCUAUCGGUCUCUCCACCAUCAUCCCCCUCGCGCGUAGUCUACGUAGUCUACCCGACUACCGUACACGUAUAAAGCCCGCAUCCCCUUCGUGGCUCAGUGAGCUCGGGUUCCCCGCAUUCAUCAACAAUAUAAGCCGCGGUACCUACCACCCUCGCGCCCGGUAUCCGCCGUACCACCACCUUAUGUGAGCAUAUACAUGUGCGGGGGUAUGUUUGCGCGACUCCUCUCAUCUACGCACUCCGUCGAUGUACGUAUUUAUAUAUGUGCAGCACACAUGCACACAAAAUCGUGCUCGGCGUUAUAUGUAUCCGCGUUCAUGUGCGCGCGGGUGUGUAUAUCGGAGCGGCGGUGGAACGCGGCGCGAAUACAUAAAUCAGAUGCCGCUCUGCAGGCUGCCAGCCAUAUCACUUCGUACAACGGCCAUGAAUGAAUAGAGCCGUGUUUGAGUUAUCGUCCGACCUGGUCUCUCCAGAAACUGUGGAACGCCGGCGUUAAGUCCCACCGUCGGCGUCGCCCGGAAUGCUCCUUAAUGGAAAUGAAAUGUGUUCUUCCUUGGCCGCCUUGAAUUUCCUCGCGGAACUCGACUCGCGGAAUUCAGUCGGAUGAACAAUGAACGUUAUUCGUUUUAUUUCGCUGGUGUCUCGCCCGAAUGCGGCUAUCUCGGGCGCGACGUUCCUCCUCCGAAAGCUCGACGCGUACAACGAACGUCAGCCGGCCGGAUAAUAAGAUAAUUCACGUCGAAGAGGUGAAUCUCUGACGGCUCGCCUCGACGGCGACGUUUUACGCCGUGAAGAAAUGCAAUUUAUCUUCUGAUAAUCUCCUAUCCUUCGAGAGCGAACGUCCGCCUCGUAUCUUGCUUUUCUUCCUUUUUACUUUGACCGUCACGCGCUCGUGUAGUUCUCCAAAAACGACUAAUUUCAGCGAGGCUGCUUGAUCGUUUCCCUGCGAUGGUUUAUUGUUAGCCGUUUGUCUUCGCCGAAGGGGAAAAUCCUAGUAAUGAAACAGGGGAACCUCUAUCCUCUAGCAGAAAUAGGGUUCUGAUGGCACAUCGAUUUGCAUUUUUUUAAGCGGCAUGAAGUACGCGGUAAUCGGCAAAAAAAUGACGGAUGAGCGUGGAAUAUAAUGUGCACGUGCAAGAAACACAAAUGGUAGUUUCGACUAUUCAUUCGUAUCGUGACUAUUCAUUCGACCGUGUUCGUGAGUUCACGAAAUAUCGUAUUUCAAAUUUCAGACGGAACGAAGUAAGUUGCCUUCGCUGUAAUAUCUCAUUAUAAUACAUCAUAGGCAAAUGAAUCUAAAAACCAGAUAAAUGGAAAGUAUCGCAUGUAAAAUGUCAAUUGUCAACGCGAGAACCUUGAGGCACGUAUGGAAAGAUGCGUCGCAUGCUUCAAAGAAUUCUAUAACAGUAUACAUUUUGCAGAUAGAUGAAGAUCAUCACGUCGGAAAUAUGACAAUCUUUUCGAGGUUGGUUUAUCCUGUCACAAGAUGUGCGAAAUACAAAUCGCGUCUUAGCAUCCUUAAGAAUCGAGACCACUACGUCACGGCGCGGAAUCAUGCGGCGAAAUGCACCGUAAGCUACAUCCAAGUUGGCGCAAAAAUUUUUUCGCGCAGAUCAAGCACCAAAAACAGCUCGUUGUCUUGAAAAUCAAGUAAUCGUUUACUAUUUAAUCGUCAAAUGCAGGAUCCACUAGUUUACAGAACACGAUUGGCCUUCCCGAUGGACUACGACAGAGUGAUGAGCUUCAUGUGUGACGCGUUCUUCAAAGACGAUCCGACUAUGGUAAAUAUAGGUCUGGACGAGGAAGAGCCCUCGCCGUCGUUGCUGAAGCUCAUGUACGAUGACAUUCGUGAGGGUAUGACGAUAAUCGCCGAGGGACAGGACAAUCAUAUCAUGGGCGCCGCGGUGAACGCUGGAUCCUGUCCUUGGGAUCCGGACAGGUUCGCCGAGUUCGCCCGGUGCUGCGAGUGCGAGCCGACUCGCGACGUGAUCGAGUUCGAAGCGUACGUGACCAGCAAGCCGAAUCUCUGGCGGCGCUACCGCGUCCUCAAGAUCUUCGAGUGCAGCUAUCUCGCGGUCGGAUCGGACUUCCGGGACCGGGGUAUUGCCAGAAAGCUCGUGCUGGAUAGCUGGUAUCUCGCGCGCGAUUGCGGCUAUCGAUUGUUCCGCGUUGACUGCAGCAAUAGAUAUCUUGCACGAAUCGCGAAAGGUUUCGGAUGGAAAAAAGUGUGUACGAUCCCGUUUCAUCAAUACGUUAAAGACGAUGAGCUGGUGUUUAAGCACAUUAGGGAGCCACAUACUGAAGUGGAGGUGUACGUCGACCAGGUCACAUAUUGCAAAGAUUAUUACCCACCUUAUAAGAAAUAUAAAAGAACCACCAAAGCUCCAAAUUCUACACUAUGUUCCGUUAGGCUAUUGAUCAUUACCCCGGCUCCAUCCUACAGUCACCAGAUAGUAUUUCGGGCGCUGUGCCUCGCAUUGAAUAAACGGGGACACGAAAUAGUAGUAUUGACUCCUAACAUCCUAAACGACUCGAGCUUAAUCAACUACACGGAAAUAGAUUUCGGCUUUGAAUACGAGAAGAUUGAUGACACCGAUCUGAGCCAGACCCGGUGGAACCUCACGCAGCUGGGCGGAUUAAAGACGCGAUUGCUAAGGCUGGGACACGACAUCGCGGAGGACGUUCUCAGUCAUCCCGACCUGGUCAAGUAUUACGCGAACAACACGAACGAGCACUUCGACGCGGUAAUAGCCGAGAUGAUUAUGACUCCUGCGAUUUACAUGCUGGCGCACAGAUUUAACGCACCUUUGAUAGGAAUCAUGUCCAUGGACCUACAAAACUGCCAUCGUUUCAAUCUGGGCAGUCCGGUGCUGCCGUCGCAUCCAUCAAACUGGGAGCUCGAAAACUUUACGGGAUUGAACCUUCCAUUCUGGAAACGACUGGUGAAUUACGUCAAUACCUGGUGGAGCAUACACUCGUGGUUCAACAAUUUCGCGAACAAGCAACAGCAGAUUGCUGAAAAGUAUUUCGGCAAGGAUAUACCGCACAUCAUCGACAUCGCGAAGAACAUGAGCCUCGUCUUGAUCAAUCAGGAACCUGUGCUCGCGUACGCCAGACCCGAGAUACCAAAUAUCGUUCAUUUUAGUGGACUGCAUAUCGCAAAGACGCCUCCGCCCUUACCGAAAAAUUUGAAAAGUUUCCUCGACGGAGCGACGAACGGCUUCGUUUACAUGAGUCUGGGAACGAACGUGAAGAGCAAGUUUCUGCCGAAGGGGAUGCUGGAGACGUUCACCAAUGCCUUCGCCGACCUGCCGUACAGGGUGCUGUGGAAAUUCGAGAACGACAGCUUCCACGUACCGGCCAACGUUUUUAUCUCGAAAUGGAUCCCGCAGCAGGGUGUAUUGGCUCAUCCGAACAUUAGACUCUUCAUUUAUCAGGGCGGACUGCAGAGCACCGAAGAAGCGGUACAUUACGCAGUUCCGCUCAUAGGAAUACCAUUCGUUUUCGAUCAGAUGUAUCAAGUUAUGAAAAUGGUCUCUCUGCGAGUGGCAAAGCAUCUAGAUAUAGUCCAACUCACGACACCGGAACUGCGGGAUGCUGUACUCGAAGUCGCUGGCGACAGACGAUACAAAGAUAGAAUGGCGGCGCUACGUGUCCUCACGAAAGACAAGCCCUACGACAGCUUGGAGAACGUUAUAUGGUGGAUCGAGUACGUGAUGCGGCACAAUGGCGCGUCUCAUCUGCGUUUCGAUGGAGUCGACAGCGCGUGGUACCAACAAUGCGACCUGGAUCUCAUCGUGUUCCUCACGACAACGGUGUUUGUUACUCUGUGCGCUUUCUUGAGUCUCGCGGGAUGGGGACUGAUGCAGUUGUAUAAACGUUGCGAUAAGAACAAUGCCUGCGAACAGCUGCAAACGUUCACGAACGGGAAGGUGAAAGCGGCAUAAUCGAUUUCUGCAAAUUAAGAGAACGUUCGAGCCAUAAUUUUCCACAUUAACAUCGUUUCCCUCGUCGCUUCACAUGUAAACUCGUGCGUAAUUCAGUUUGGCGAUAGGAUUAUCUCGUGCAGAGAAUAUCAUCUGAAAAAUAUACACCGCACCAAACAAUGUGAAAUGGUCGCGAAAGCGGAGCCCUUUUACCUCUCGAGUGCUCGCACGUGGAUUUUACAGUGCUCAUUUAUACGAAAAAUAGGGAAGCGAGAAAACUGGAGAAAGUGAGAGAGGGCAAAUUUCGGCGUAGAGGCGAACGGCUCCGAGUUUAAAACUGGUGGUUGAGUGAAAUGGGUUUUGUGGACCUACGAAAUUGCAUCCCGAGGUCCAUUACGUUCAUUUGUGCGUAUUCACAGAAUUACGAGACAUAAAAAGUAGAGAUAGGAGGAGUGAGGGAGAAUGAGGGAGAAAAGGUGAGUCUACAAAAAGGAAAAUGGACGAGGGG